CGCUCUCUCUCUCUCUCUCGCUCUCCCUGCUUCCCUCCAACGCUGUUGUUCCUGCGCAGCUCCCACACAUAAUUCCGCCGCGAUGGAAAUUAAAUGAAGGUGGCUUAACGCAGGCAUGCUUUGAAGGAUGUAACCAGCGGGGGGAAGCUCCACACACACUGCCAGAUCCUUUUCCAUGCGCUGUAGUGGAUUUGCGAGGCGAGGACAAGGCAAUCACUCAGCCAUGCAGAAGCCCAGACAACACAAAUAAUCUCUCCACCUGACUUGUGGAAGCUCCACUUUUUUUUUUUUUUUUGGUUCGUGAAUUAUUUAUUCCUCCGCUGUCAAAGACGGUGUUCGAACAAUGGAGCACGAGUGAAGCAGUUGGCACAUUUGUUGCCUUGACAUGGAUGUGUUCAGCUUUGUGAAGAUGCCAAAGCUGUCAGGCCACAGGACCAAGUCGUCAGGCUGGCCGCCCCCUUCGGGGACGUGGAGUACCUCGCAGGGACCCCCCAAUGGCUGGGACAUGGGCAGCAAUAGAGAGGGGCGUGACUGCUACAUCAACCAAUUCAGCCAGAGCAGCUCCCUGGAAGAGGUUCGCCUAGAUGGAGACAAAUUUGUGCCACCAGCACCCCGGAAAGUGGAGAUGAGACGAGACCCGGUGCUUGGCUUUGGUUUUGUGGCAGGCAGUGAGAAACCCGUGGUGGUCCGCUCAGUCACCCCAGGGGGUCCGUCAGAGGGCAAGCUCAUCCCAGGGGACGAGAUCAUCAUGAUCAAUGAUGAACCAGUCAGUUCCGCACCCAGGGAGAGGGUUAUUGACCUUGUCAGGAGCUGCAAGGAGUCCAUUUUGUUGACUGUUGUUCAACCCUACCCAUCACCCAAGUCGGCAUUCAUCAGCGCAGCCAAAAAGGCCAAAUUAAAGACAAAUCCCGUUAAAGUCCGCUUUGCGGAAGAAGUCAUCAUCAACGGCCAGGUUCCCGAAACUGUGAAGGACAACUCACUUCUUUUUAUGCCAAAUGUUCUCAAGGUCUACCUGGAGAAUGGCCAGACUAAAUCAUUUAAAUUUGACAGCAACACAUCUAUUAAGGAUGUCAUCUUGACACUACAAGAGAAGCUGUCCAUUAAAAGCAUCGAACACUUCUCUCUGAUCCUGGAACAUCGAGCCGAAGGAUCGGCCAGCAAACUGAUGCUCCUUCAUGAGCAAGAAAUGCUAACUCAGGUGACGAAGAGGCCAGGGUCACACAAGAUGAAGUGUUUUUUCCGCAUCACUUUUGUCCCAAAGGACCCUUUAGAGCUGCUUCGGAGAGAUGCAAUAGCGUUUGAGUACCUCUAUGUCCAGAGCUGUAAUGAUGUGGUACUGGAGCGAUUUGGGUCAGAGCUGAAAUAUGACACCGCCCUCCGUCUGGCUGCCCUGCAAAUGUAUAUUCUAACCAUCAAUACCAAGCAGUCCCAGAAAGUCUCCCUAAAGUAUAUUGAGAAGGAGUGGGGACUGGCCUUGUUCCUGCCUCCCGCAGUGCUGACCAGCAUGAAAGAGAAAAACAUCAAAAAAGCACUCACUCACAUCCUCAAAACCAACCAGAAUCUAGUUCCACCUGGUAAAAAGCUGACCGCCUUGCAGGCAAAGGUCCAUUAUCUGAAGUAUCUCAGUGACUUGAGGCUUUAUGGAGGUCGGGUGUUUAAGUCGACACUUAUUCAAGGCGAGAAGCACACUGAAGUGACCUUGCUGGUUGGGCCCAGAUAUGGCAUUAGCCAUGUGAUUAACACCAAAACAAACCUGGUGGCACUCCUGGCUGAUUUCAGCCACGUCAAUCGCAUCGAGAUGUACGCGGAAGAUGAAAAUAAAGUUCGAGUGGAGCUACAUGUUCUGGAUGUUAAGCCGAUCACGCUCUUAAUGGAGUCUGUUGAUGCGAUGAAUUUGGCCUGUCUGACUGCUGGAUACUACCGAUUACUGGUGGAUUCUCGCCGUUCCAUCUUCAAUGUGGCCAAGAACACAGACAGUUUGGAUAGAAGCCACGCAGGAAGGAUCAAGCAGAACUACCAGGCCAUCGAGUGUACAUAUAGCACACCCCAAAAGGGAUACGAAGAUAGAAACAACCAGAGGUGCAGCCAGGACUUCUCAGACCAGGAGUGUGAAUAUCUGGACCGCAGCAGAUGUGAAGGGCAACCCUCCUACAUGGCAGAGAUCCACCAGGCGCAGCAUUCCACACAUAUGGUUGAAAGGGCGGAGUUCUGCAGGGUACCAUCCACCCAAACAUACCUUAAUGUCCCAAGAACCAAAGGCCAAGAACCCUGUAGGAAUGCAAAGGUGUCUUUCAUUUUUGGAGAUCCUCCCUUAAUAAACCCCCAAAAUCUGGGCUAUCAGAGACUGAUGGAUGACACUUUUGAGAUUAUGGACAAUCACAGCCCGAUGUACAGGCGACUUGAGGAGGACUACAAGAUGAUGGAUGCCCUAGAAGACGGCGAUGGAUAUCAGUAUUCCACCAAAAUGUUUGAGGAGCCGCUGCUGCACGAUAUUUGCUACGCAGAAACAACGGAUGACGCGGAAGACGAGGAUGACAUCAGCUGCGAAGAGGACUUGGUGAUGAGUGACAUUGACAAGCCUACAUUGCUGUCCCUCUCAGGGUCCAGUGAUGACAUCAUUGACUUGACCUCGCUCCCGCCGCCACCGGAGGGUAACGACGAGGAGGAUAACGAUGUACUGUUGCACUCGCUCAACCUGGCCAUUGCUGCUCCUCCUCCCGGCUUUAGGGACAGCUCAGAUGAGGAAGAGCAGCAGGAGGCUGGGAGUCAAGCCCAGGGGGGUCGAAAUGACGUCCCAGUGUCCCUCAUAGAUUCAGUGCCCGGCCACAGAGCUCAGAACCAGGGGGAGCCACUGGACGAAGCAGUUGUGUCCACCUUGCAAGCACUGGCGGCCCUCGCUGCAUCCGAGGAACCCGCGCAGUCUGAGAGCAGCACAGGUGUAGAAAUAUCACGAGCGUUUAGUCCAGAGUCAUCAGAUUCUGGCAAUGAGACAAACUCAUCCGAGAUGACGGAAAGUUCGGAACUAGCCACCGCCCAGAGACACUCGGACCACCACUUGAGGAUGCAUGUAGCAGUGACGGAUGGUUACCACGCCACCAAUGAUGAAAAGACAGAGGGACUUGGUGAAAGUGUUGCCGGGACCAUACAGGAGCAUCAGGGUGAGGAACUGAAAUCCGCGACUAAUGCCUCCUCACAGCUUUUCCACUCUGACGGUGGUGAAAUGGAGCCAGAAACAAUGGAAAUGAAAUCAGUCAGUGAAUACUUCACUAAGAUACAUAUCGACUCGAUUAUGAGCAGGCACAGAGGAAAGCAAACGGAUUUGGAGAACCGAACCCACCGAGACACCUGCGACCCUUUGGAGAGAUCCCACGUGACUUCCCAAGAGCUAGCUAAGGAAGAGCCGCUGCAUCUUGUUGGGAAGUACAACACCUUCACGGUGAGGGAUUCCUAUUAUGUCAAUCAGCUUGAUCUGGGGCGAACUCCCCUCAAAGAGCGCCAUCAAAAAUGGCUGCACAGAGCGCCGGGAAACAAAAUGGACGAUACUCUCUCUCCAGAAUAUGUGAAUGAGUCACAGGCCUCCCACACAGAGAGGUUGACAGUAAAGGGAGGGAAACAGGACUCAGAUGAAAGAAGCCAACCGUUAAACAGCCAACUCCGCUCUCCCUCCAAAGGACCAGAGGGCGUUGAUACUUCACGGGACGGUGAGCAGCAAAUGAAGAAGACGUCAUCGGAGCAAGACGUCACACGGCUAUACGAAUACCAUUUGAGCAAGCGCAUGUCGUCUUUGCAGAGUGAGGGGGCUCAUAGUCUCCAAAGUUCACAAUGCUCCUCUAUAGAUGCCGGAUGUAGCACGGGGAGCAGCAGCUGUGUCACUCCGAUGGAUUCUCCCCUUUGCGUCACCGACAACACGCAUGUACUGUCCGACUCCUCGCUGAAGGGGUUGAGUUAUGGAACUUCUGCUGAGGAAAAGGCUUAUGCUUCGCCGGGACCAAAUAAAGAACCCACGCAACUAAGGAAGAGCCAGGCAACGACCAGUGCCGACUCUGGGUUUGGAAACAGCCGGGACAGUGGUCACAGAUUAUCAAAGAUAAAAGAAACCACAGCCUGCGCACAGCAGAGAACGCUCGGAGAAGAGACAUCUUUAGCGCUCUGUCAUGAGACCAGUAACACCACCACAGUCAUGUCACCAUCGUUAUUAGCAAGCUGCACGGAGCCCACUGGGCUAAACUGGGAGAGACCUGAGUCUAGCCCAUGUGCCCUGCCUUCUCCCUCGAGCGGAUCCUCAUGUGACCUUCUCAAAGACAGCCUCAGGAAGCCACGCAGGGUUCCCAUGCGUAGGAGAAGCUGGAGCACCAUAAUGCCGGGCUCCAGGAGCUUUGAGGCAUUGUUAGAGAGGACCAAAGCCACGUUCACGGGGAAGAGCGCCGGUCAGAAAUUGGAGUCUCAACACCGCUCGAAAGCUCAGCGCAUACUGUACGCCAAAAAUGUCACCAAAAGCUUGUCACAUGGUUCGGUCACCCUAAAUUCAGCAUGUGGACGACUGCCACAGUCAGCAGUAGCAGCAGCGCGGCUGGACGCAGGUGCACUGAGAUGUCGUAGGCCGGUCAGUUGCUGCUUCACCUGGAAACAGAAGAGCGCCGAUAACAGGCUCAGGUUCUCUGUCGCCUCGAUCGACCAGAAGAAGGCUGAGCAGAGUAGUGUGGUAAAAAUGAGCCUGGAGGAGAGGUUGGCUCAUGUCAAUUCAAUGAAGGGAAAAACCUACAGCCUUCGAACGGGGUUUGCUCUCGCGCGGACGGACGCUUUAGAGAUGCUUAGCCUGCUGCGUUCCGGCCGCGUGACUAAAGGUAAGAACGCGGAGCCCGGCCAGACGGACACGGAGACCUUCUCUCAGCUGCUCAUCACGCAAGCUAAAGUGCUGAGCGGCGCCUGCGCUCAGAUGGCCGCAGAGUACGGCAGCCCAGAGGAGUUGCUGCUCACGCUGACGCACAGUUUCCACACACUCUGCUGCCUCACGCAGGCCUGCAUGUCCCUCGAGGAAGGCCUGCGCAGCGACACCGAGCGGCGCCGGUUGGCAGCCAAGGUGGACGAGGUGCUCAUCAACUACGUGUGUCUGCUGAAAGCUGCCGAGGCGUCUUUGGUCAGCUCCCCCGAAGACCCGAGCGUGAAAGCGCUGACGCAGCACUCGGCCAACAUGGCUGCCAUCAUAGACGCACUAAUCCACUUAAUGACAACACUGUGCUACAAAUAACGUACCCCGAUUCUUGAUUUGAAAGCCAUAACGUAACGAGACGUGGGUGUAACUACAAAUGUGAACUGCUGUGAGAGAAAAUAAAUGCCUUGUGUACACUAUAUUUUAUUAAACAAUGUAGAAAUAUUUGAAACACGAAAUUUUAAAAAGAUGUAAGCCUUCUAAGACGAUGCAUACAGACCUCCACUUGAGUAUUUAAUAGUAUAUUAUAAGAAAAAUUCUAAAUUCUAUAAUGGUUGUAUUAAAGACUUCUCAUAGUAUGUUGUUUUGUAAAAAAGU